AUGUUUCGUUUGUUUUUACUGUAUUUAAAUUUUCUCACUGUUUUUUCAGAGCCUCCGACAGUGGCAACAAGCCAUGGCCAGGUUUCGGGAAAAGUUUUGAAGACUUUGUAUGAAAACAAAGAAUAUUAUGCGUUUAUGGGCAUACCAUAUGCAAAACCACCCCUAGGAGAAUUGAAGUUUCUUCCUCCCAGAGAUCUCGACCCUUGGAACGAAACUCUUAUUGCUACAAAAGAAAGGCCAGCCUGUAUUCAGUUUAACAAUAACAUUAAAAAGAAGCAACCACUUGGGGAAUAUGGAAAGGAAGAUUGCUUGUACCUUGACAUCUUCACUCCAAAUACAGACGAAAAUAAACGAGCAGUAAUAGUUUUCAUUUACAGUGAACGCCUUUCUAACUCUUACAAUAAAACAAAAGACUACGCGCAUGACUUCUUCCUAGAAGAAGACGUAGUCGUUGUCACACCUAGCCAUAGAUUAGGAGUUUUCGGCUUUUUGUCCUUUGAGGAUGACGUUUUACCAGGAAACUCCGGAUUAUUAGAUCUGUACGCUGCUCUUAAGUGGAUAUCGAAAAAUAUAGGACGUUUUGGUGGCGACCCCGAAAGGGUCACACUAAUGGGUUCUCAAGGAGGCGCCGCCGCUGUCGAUUUACUUAUACGCUCGAAAGCUAAGGAAUUAUUUAAUUCAGCCAUUUUACAGAGUGGUACUUCUUUCACUUCGAUGUAUUUACAGGAAAGUGUUUUGGAGAGAGCGUUGAAACUCGGCGAGUUGCUGGAAAUUCCUUCCAAGAAAAGUGCAAAUCUUCUGAGAGAAUUACAAGGCUGUCCCAUUGCUAACUUUUUUACACAGGAACUUCGGGCAGUGCCAGACGAUUACAAUAAAGAUAUGCAAAGAAGUCUUCUUCCUUUUGGACCAAUUGUUGAGAAAAGCCCUAACGGAUUCAUAACAAAAUACCCUGAGAAUACAAGUGACGAAUAUAACAUUCCUUUGAUGGUUGGAUUUAAUUCAAGAGAGGGCAUAGAGCUUUCUUUAAACUAUCUAUUGGAGCCAAAUUUUGUAGGCAGUCUUAAUAAAGAUUUUCCCGUAAUAAUUCCUAAGCGAGUAGACUUUCGUUUCGACCCAAUAGACGACACUUACAUUGAAGCUGCAGAAGAAAUCAAAAACUUCUAUUUCAAAAAGAAAAAGUUUUCUCCAAAAAGUGUGCCAGAGUUUAUAACGUAUAUCGGUGAUGUUAUCAAUGCUUAUGCAAUUAAUGCAAUGGUAGAGAACUAUGCAAAGAAAAACUCCGUUUAUUACUACUAUUUCGACUAUUACAGUAACUUUAAUCAGAAUAAAAAUGACUUGUUAAAACUAUCCAAGGUGAACGAUGGAACCUGGGGGGCAGCACUUGGUGAUGAAUUAUGCUACUUAUUCAAAUGUCCAGAAUUAAACCAAGAAUACAUAAAAAACAAACACGAAGAAUCUGAUGUAUGGACAAGGCAAAAGAAAUUAAUUAAAAUGUGGACAACUUUUUCUAAGUAUGGACAUCCCACAAUUGACGACAAUGAUGCAAACCUAGAAUGGCCUAAAUAUGAUGAGGAAUCGAAACAAUACCUAAGUUUCGGCCACGAAGUCAAAAUAAAGAAGAAUUUAUUGUCUGAACGUUUUAAAUUUUGGGACGAUUUUAUUAAUAAAUGGAAAAACAGAGCUGUAAAUGGUGUCGUAACUUCGAAAAAUAAAAAAGAUGAAUUAUAUUAG